UGUAAUGAUGAUUCUAAUCCUAUAAGAAUAGCAAGUUCACAAUACAGAUAUAACGAUAACAGCACAGGGGAAUGUAUUUGCUGGAAUUACUUUCAGAGCGAUUUUUUUCCAGCUGAUGAACAAUGAAAAAAUUGAGAGCCAGUCAGAACCCUCUUUAUUUAAACAGUAUUUGAAGCUAAAUAGAGCGUGCCUUUGGUGUAGACACUAUAUAGUUAUUGUUAUAGUUGUCUUCUUGAUGUGAAAGGGGCUUUAAUUUGAUGAACUACAUCUGUGAACCUGAGGAGAAUCGACCUCAUUCAUCUACUAAAAAUCACCAAAACAACAGUUGAUUAAAAACAUUAAGCAAAAAUUAAGAAAAUUUAGUGAAGAGGAAAAAUGCUGCAGUAUUAGAGAUGCAAUUAGACACUAGCUUUGGUAUGUUUUGCAUUUAAUACAAGACAUUCAGAUAUUUUAAGCGUGUCUUAAGUGUCCAGAUCUGUUUCAGGCCACUGUCUCAACUGUGACAGAGAAACUAUUGUCAUGCAAGUGAUGUUUUGAACACAUUUCCUGUACUGCUGCACAGUAAACAAGCAAUGAACUCUUGUGGGUUUGAGCUGAUGAAAGGAAGAGUUUGACUUCAAGCACGUUCUGCUGAUUGUGCUGACCUUCAUCUAAUCAGAUUAACUGAGAAACCCUCUGGACAGCAGAUUAGAGGAUGGCUUGAUCAAUUUAAGGGGGAUUAAAGGAACCUCCUUCAUUAUCACAUGUCUGUACACUGGGAUUUAAUUAUUAUAUAUGCAAUAUAUUCCAUUGCAUUUCACCUAAAGAUUAACACAAGAUUAGCAGUCUCAUCCCCUCAAUCUCUUACAGAUCAUCGUCAGUUCAGCGUGCAGUGCUUGCUAUUGGUUUCUGUCUUGUGAAUAUGGAUACCUCCAAGCCUAAAGCGAGCAGCAAGGUAGCCACACGGGCCACAGCACCCGGCAGUCCCAAAAAAGGUCCGCCCAAGUUCAAACAGAGGUCAACACGACAGUUCAAGAGCAAGCCACCCAAAAAGGGUAUCAUUGGAUUUGGUGAAGAUAUUCCUGGAAUGGAGGGAUUGGGAACUGACUUUAAUGUAAUCUGUCCGUGGGAGGCGUUCAGUCACCUAGAGUUACAUGAGCUGGCCCAGUAUGGGAUUAUAUGAGGUCACUUCCUGUUCCUGCAUCCCACUGAACAACAUCCUGCACCUUAAUGCAUCUUUUAAAUAUUAAUAUUCAUUUAGGCUAUAGCAAUAUCUUUGGUAGAAGUUUGGUUAGUCACUUAUGUACAGCUUGAAACAGCAUUUAUAAAUCAGCAUUAAUGAACUGGAUGUUAGAUAAUCUACCUCUUCAAACAGAUUUCCUGUAGAUCUGGAUUAAUUCUGUCGCCAAUACUAAUUCCAGAUAGCAUUUUCCUUCUUCUUCUUCUUUUUUUCUUUUUACUUAAUUAUCUUAUGUAUUAUAGUGUUGUCAUAUUGACAUGUAAUGAGCAUUUUAGAUGUCACUUCUUGAUUUUAUAAACUUUUACUUUGAUAUUAUCCUGCAAACAUCAUCGUAAUACCUAUAGCAUCAGUUGUGGAUCUUUUUUUUUUUUUUGCAAUGGAUGUUUAUGGUUUCAUUUUGUCAAGUUUCAAAAGUUCAACUUGAGUUUGGGUUCUGUGGGGUCUUGGUGUCUGCCCAUAGUGCAAGUACUGGGAGCUGCUCUCUGUGAGAGACCGGCCCAGUUUAUUUUCCUUAUGAUGCUGGAGAACCGGACAAUACGAGUCUGACUCAUUGCUGGCAGCACAUUUGGACAUAAAAUAAAUUCUGCUUUUCGACUGUCUGUCUGAGUGCUUCCUCAACCUCUGGUCAAAUACAAACUGAAACAUUAUGCAGUCUGUAAACUUUAAAGUAAGAUGUGGUUUUCAUACCUGUUUUUGAACAAAGCAAAACACUUUAGUGACUCUUAAAAUAUCCCAGGGCCAUUGCAUUAGAUAAAAUAUUAUCAAGCUAAGUGUUCUUUGCAAUUCAGUAUAUUAACAUUUGCUUAAAUGUUUUUGUAACGGAGGCCAGCUGGUAAGAGCUGUGCAGGUAAACCUCAUUCCCUUGAUCUCAAGUGGUACACUAGUGACUGACGCUAGAGGCUGUGGUCUUUAGCCUCCUUGUUAGUGUGCCCAUCUCCUAUGCCGGCUACCAGGGUUCGAGUCCCACUCAGAGUGGGUGCGAGUAGGACCCAGCGAGGUUACAUUGGUGCCGUGACCCAGAUGGGAGUGAGGUAUUACAUAUAGUAUUUUAUGUCAGGUAUUCAUUCUUAAUAUUUCAGUAUCUCAUCUGUCUUUGUAACUAAAGAAAUAGCUUUGUUGUUUAUGUUUGCGCAUGCGCUCAAUCGCGAUCUAGCACAAACGUUGCAUGCACCUGCUGUUUUCUUGGAAACAUUAGCGAGCUUUUGGCUAGCCUUGGUUAUAGAAUCAUAAAUUUAUGAUUAUUUUAUUAAAUCAAACCACACGUAAA